AUGCUCCGAGCCAUUCAUCGCUGCCUGGCUCCAGGAGGAUCAUUGCGUCUCAUACUCAUCAACCCAGCCCCUGAGGUCAACACGCUUGGUCCCAGGCUGCGCACGUGGCUCGAGAAGCAUCUGCUUCUGAACCUGGAGCUAAAAUUCCGCUGCAUGAAUCCAACCAAACUCUUUCCCAACUGGUUGGAGGAAACUCAUCUUCGUGCCGAGGGUAGCACCAUUGUCAGGCCCAAGUUCCAUGCGAUCGCUGGUGACCUUCCGAAGGUGGAGGAUCUAGAGACACAUUUCGACAUUACACCUAGACUCUAUAGCCAAGUCGGCAGAAUGCUGUGGAAGGAGGUCUGGGGUCGUCAUGUCGCUACCGACAACUGGUGGUGGGAAGACAAAUCCAUUGUGCAGGAGUGCAAGGAGCUCGGCACAUUCUGGCAGUACCAUCUAAUUACUGCUGUGCGACAGGAAUCUGAGUGA